AUGUCCAAGGAGGUGAAAGCCACAGUUGCCGGUGACCUGCAACUUCCUUCAUUCGGUCUCCCGAACAGCUUUGGAUGGAAUCAUGGGGUCGUCAUGGGCAUCGGAAAUCCGCUGUCGGUUUUGCUUCGACGCCGACAUGCGAAAGGCGACCUUCAGGCUGGCAAGCUGGAGCAAGUUGAGCUGGAGGGGCUCAAGGCCCAGAAGCUCUCAGGAGAGAAGCAGAAUGGGAAAGUAUGGAGCCUGAGUGCAGCCUUGGCUUCAGUCAGGGAGCGCGUGCGCGCUUCACGGGGGACAGCAUCGCCGCGAUGA